CAAAAAAUGAAAGACAAACUUCCAAAAAAAUGCAAGAGACAGCAACAGAUAAGGGGAGAAGCUAAACCCACAGCCACCCUCUACGCUCUUCCCAAUUCUCUCUUCGGAGUUUUCAAGAAACGGCAUCAAUGGCGAACCUCAGAACUGCCAUGGAUUCCGCCUUCUGGGACUUUAACCUUUCUUCUCCUCAAACCCUCGCCGGAACCGCCAAAUCCGUCCCCGGCGAACCAUUUCCUCUCAAUGGAGCUCGAGCCAGUCGUGCCCUCAGGAUUCAGCAACUCUCCCUCCUCGGCGAUGGGUUUCCUCUCGGAAUUAUCCCUUCAUACUCUCCAACUGCUCACAAGGAGUUAGGCUCCUUUUCUCUUCAGUCGCUUUUGCUCAGGCUGUCUGGCGCCCGUUGGUGGGUUGGAUUGGUUGGUCAAUUUCGUCCAAAGAAACUGAUAUCUCUUCUAAAAGCUAAACUUUCUGAUGAGGACGGCUUUGAGCUCUCUGACCUGAAAGACGUUGCUCGUCUGUUAUUGGACAAAUCACACUAUACGUAUGGUAUAUGCUCUCAGUUUUCUACUAGUCCAUUUUCAUCUGUAUAUGUCAGCACAGAAAAGCAUGGUGAGAGGAAAGGGCGUCGCCACAAAGCGAUGUUUUAUCACAGGCUUCCUCAGCAUGAUAUAAAUGUGGAUGCGGCUUGGCCAGAGCUCUUCAUUGAUCAUAAAGGUCAAUAUUGGGAUGUCCCCGAGUCUAUAUCUUUGGAUCUUUCAUCUGUUAAGUCUAAAUCUGGUCUGCGAUACCGGGUUGGGUUGCAUAAGAAUGGUGGCGUUCCCCGGGCGCUUAAUUCUACCAAUAACGAUGACCCACCUCUUACUCUUAUGCCUGGAUUAUGUGCAAAGGCUGCAUUCUCUAUUGAAAAGAAAAGGUACCUUUGGAGGGUAGAAGAAAAGAAGCAAGACAAGACGGAGAAGACAGGCGAGGGGGAAUUGGAUGAGAUGACAUCAUAUGACAUGCGCCUUAAAGAACCUCAUGCUGCCAUAUCUGGAAUCGUCGGUGGCACUUUUAGCUCUUGGUUUGGAGGCAGCAACACGGUUGGGUCCAAUGGAGAUGGAAACUUAACUAUGGGCCAUAAGAAAAGAAGUCCAUUGAAUGCUGAUCUUUUUGGUUCAGUUUGCUAUACUUUCCAACGUGGGAGUUUUAUAAAGGAUUUUGGUGAUCUUACGAGGAUCGAUGCUCAGUUAGAUAUUUCGUCAGCUUCAGGGUUUGCCAAGAGAGUUUUUCAUGGUUUCAAGAAAUCUGUUGAUGAUCUUGAGAGAUCAAAAUCUUCUCCCAGACUCAAUUUGAUCUUUCAACAACAGGUUGCGGGCCCGAUUGUCUUCCGUUUAGAUUCCAAGCUUAUGCUCGAUUCUGCAUCUGGCAAGAUCGGUCCCCAUGUCGAGGACACAAUAUACAGCUUAACUUAUUCAUUUAAGCUUCUCGACUCAGGCAAAGCUGUUUUCUGGUAUUCUCCCAAAAGGAAAGAAGGAAUGGUCGAGUUGCGCUUGUUUGAGUUUUGACUUUGUCAUCAUUAAAUUCGGUUAGAGUUUGACUGAUAUGCAUUCAAUUCUUAGCAUUUUGACACCAAAAUCGGCUUAUAUAGAGUUAGUUUAGCACUUGAUGAGGCCUUUCUUCCCUUCUAUUUAGUGUUGCACAACUCUUGCAGGUGUAAUAUAUAUUAGUGCUGCUGUACUUGUUCAUGUCACACAUUGGUUGCUCAAGAACCACCGGCAUUUUAAAUUAUUGAACAUACAGCAAAACUUGGGCUGUUCUUUGUUCCUA